AUGCAGAACGAUGUCCUUGCGACUGGCAUCAUGUCGUUCGUGAUGCAUGAAAUGGUUUACUUCGGUCGGUCGUUGCCGUGGAUUUUUAUCGAUACCUGGGGCUUGUUCAAUCGCUACAAGAUUCAAGGGGUAAGUCUCCCGGGAGACGGCCCAGUACACCUCGCUAACAGAAGCCAGAGCAAAAUGCCUUCGCUGAAGGAGCAAUGGGACUGCGCCAAGUUCGUCCUGUUGAGUCAUUUCACCGUGGAACUCCCCCAGAUCUGGCUCUUCCACCCCAUGGCUCAGUUCUGCGGACUCUCCACCUCGAUUCCCUUUCCCACCUUCUGGACCAUGGCAUACCAAAUCGCCAUCUUCUUUGUGAUGGAGGAUACCUGGCACUACUUCUCCCACCGUGCUCUGCACUGGGGACCCCUCUACAAGGCCAUUCACAAGAUCCACCACCAGUACUCGGCGCCCUUUGGUCUGGCCGCGGAAUAUGCGUCUCCCAUCGAAGUCAUGAUCUUGGGUUUUGGCACCGUCGGCUGCCCCAUUCUGUGGUGUGCUAUGACGGGUGAUUUGCAUAUCCUGACGAUGUACAUCUGGAUCGUUCUGCGCCUGUUCCAGGCCAUUGACGCCCACAGUGGAUAUGAAUUCCCAUGGAGCCUGCACCACUUCCUGCCCUUCUGGGCAGGUGCUGAUCAUCAUGACCUUCACCAUGAGAAGUUUAUUGGCAACUACGCCAGCAGCUUCCGGUGGUGGGACUACGUUCUUGACACCGAAUACACCCCGGAUGCGCUCAAGCGCCGCCGGGAGAACAAGGCCAAGGGCACAAAAGCGCAGUAA